GGUUCCAGCUUUACAAAGCGACCGUAUUGAGCUUUGCUGGCUCUGCAAAUCUCUAUAUGAAUUUCCACCAUUGUCCGGUCUGCCUCCAUGUCAACCACAUCGACCUAAAACACGCAAGUGAGCCUAACAGUUGCAAAAUUUGAACCCACAUGAACUAUUGGCAUACCAUUUUCAUUAGCUCAAUGCCAAUAAUUGAGGCGAUCCUGUUGAUGUUGCUCAAGUAAUGACAAGAGUCCGGUUGGAGUUAGGCUGGAAAACUUUCAUUGGGCUUGGCUUUUGGACAGCCCAAAUUAUAACAUAGAGGAGAAUUUAUAGUUUGGUGUUAACUUUUUUUUCAUACAAUUAACUCCCUCAAUAUUAAAAAUCAAGAUUCUAAUAUCCUGCCCUGAUGAUGCAGGCUUUGGUGGCUGAAAUUCAACCGCAUCUUUCUGUGCUGCAAAAAGCCAAAAUUCCCGAUUUCGUCCCUAAGCAAAACGAUUGAUAAUUUCUGUAUGCGCUAUGAUAAUCUCCAUGGAUACUCUUUCAAGCUCUGUAUCAACUCUCAAAGUCCCGGUUCUGUUCCCAACACCUAAAAGUGAGUUAUAUCACUGUAAAGCUCUCCCCGCAUCUCAUCCACUUCAUCCACACCGUCCACACCAUUCCCACCUCUCGUCAACAACUAAACCCAAAAAAACCACUGCUUCCUUCCCUCAAAAGAACCUCACUUUUCCAUUUAUCAGUUCCUCCGGGUCCUCGUCGCCCAAGUCAGUAUCUUCUAAUAACUAUCGAAAACCCUCCAGCGGUUAUGCUGCUGCUCUUCUUGACAAGGCUCUAUGCCACAGUUCACUUGAAGCUGUCCAGAAAGAUGUAGAGAGAUUAUUAAGGUUGUUAAAGAAUGAGCAAAUUCAAGCUAUCUUGAUUGACCCGCUUAUGGCUGACAAAGAGAAGGGAGAAAUUGUGAAGGAAGUGGUCAAUAAAGUGAAGAUUAAUAGGUACUUGGCGAGCGUGUUGAGGAUGCUUGUUCAGAGGAAUAAGGUGGGGAUGGUGACUGAGGUUUUAGAGGAAUUUGGAAUGAUUUACGACAAGUUAAUUGGGACUAGAGUUGUUUUUGUUUCAUCGGUGAAUAAGAUGGAGGAAGAGGAACUGUGUUUGAUUGCUAAGAAGGUACAGAAAUUUAGCGGGGCUGCCAAGGUGAAGAUAAAGAAUUUGGUAGACCAGAGGGUUCCGUCUUCUGUUGUUUAAAGCAAAUGCAACUUCCAAGUUGCUGCUAAAAUCUGUAAUUCAUGUCGUUACUACACAAUGCGAAGUUCUUAUACAGGUA